AUAAAUGCAUUAGAUUUAUUAGGAUGUUAAUCACAACUUGCAAUCAUUUAUUAAGAAACUAUCAUUUUUUAUCACCUUAGCAGUGACCAUGUCAAAGCUUUCUGAAUGCAAACUGAGUGAGCUGUGCAGGACUAACUGUUGCAUUUGCCUCAAACCUCCCUGCGCCCACAUAUGACUCAUGUGUAACUGGGUGAGAAAAGUCUGCUGAAGUCUCUUCAGCCUCGCUCUUUACUCACCAGCCCUUCAAUUUGACCUCCUUAAGAGCUGCCGCAAACUAUGCAAAGCUGUGAUGACGCCAACACCGGCAGAUGAGACAUGAAGCGGAAAUUGAAAGAGAGAAUUGUCUAUUUUCCUUUUCGUCUGUCGCGUUCAUCCCAUCCAUCCUGUCGUGGUUCAGCAUAUUUAGAAACAUCCCACCUCUUGGCUCACAGCUGCGCGCAACAUCCCUCGUGGUUAACUAGCAUCUGGGUUACUGGAAAGCAUGAGGGGAUGGGACUACCAGAGAAAAUGUCCAUGCUGACUCCUUAUCUUACAUUGCAGGGAGUUAAAGAGGAAAUGCGCUCCCAAAUUCACAACAGACCAAAGGAGAUAUCGCUGAUAAACGCCAGCCUGUGGGUGCAUGUGGCGAUGGAGAGCCCAAACUUUACGCACGGAUCUGUCUCCGUUAACGAAACUAUGCCUCUGCAUUCACAAGCGGCCAGCGUCCAGACAGCAAUCGCUUUACCUAUUUUCAUGUUUGCUGGGGGCGCCAUUGGGAAUUUGAUUGCAAUAAUCGUCCUUUCAGUAUCGAGACAGGAGAGAAAAUCCUCCGCUUUCUACACGCUGGUGUGCGGUCUGGCGGUGACGGACUUGCUGGGCACCUGUCUGGCCAGCCCGCUUACUAUAGCCAACUACCUGGACCAGAAGGUGCUGAAAAACGAACACGUCUGCGAGUUUCAAUCGUUUUUGUUGCUGUUCUUCGGUUUAACAGGUCUGAGCAUUAUAUGCGCCAUGGCAGCAGAGCGCUACCUGGCAAUUUGCUGCCCCUACACCUACCAGCGGUGGGGGGUGGACAGACGCUUUGCGCAAAAGUUCCUCUUCUUCAUUUACAUCAGUCACAUUUUCUUCUGCUGCCUCCCGAUGAUGGGCAUGGCGGGGAGCUUGUUGCAGUCGUCCAGCACCUGGUGCUUCAUCGACUGGAAGACGCACAAGCCGCUGGCCGCCGCUUACUCCGUGCUGUACGGCGUCGUCAGCCUGCUGCUCAUCCUGGGGACCAUCGUGUUGAACUUGGCGGUGUGCGGAGCGCUGCUGCUGAUGCGGCAGAGGACGGUGCAGCGGCCCGUCACCAGAGCCAGCGUCCGGGAGAGGUGGAGGGCUCUGUCCUCGGCCGCAGAGACGCAGAUGAUGGCGGUGCUGGUGAUGACCUCCGCGGUGGUCCUGGCCUGUUCAGCCCCGCUGGUGGUCCGUGUGUUUGCCAACUGCUUCAUGUUAAAAAACGACCCCAGAGCUGACUUGGCUGCCAUCAGGAUAGCCUCUGUUAACCCCAUCCUCGACCCCUGGAUCUACAUCCUCCUCAGGAGGUCUCUGUUUCGACGAUUACUCAGCUUAUCGAGGCGAAGCAGCAGCACUCGCAGUAGUUCCUCCUCUACACCACAAAGGAAUCUGUUUUAUCCUGAUAUCAUGAAGGACAGCCACGUGUUCACCCAGCUGAUGUGCAGCGUAAACAUCAUCACUCAGCUGCCUGCUACUGUCAAAUUCACUCCAUGUGACACGGAGAGCCUCAACCAGACUUAAAACACUGCAGGCUGAAGACAAGUUUGAUGAAUGUUUGCUGCUUGAUGCAGCGUCACAGACUCUGUUUCAGAGCUGUCAUCUGUGAGAUGGAAAGACGGUGACGAGCUUGUGGCCCACAGUUGGGCCGAGCUCCUGGAGGAUCAUUUAUUGAAUAAAAGUGGAGGCCUGCUCUGAUAUCAUGUAUGGAGACACAUGAAGCACACGGGACUUACGGAGGUGCAACAAUAAGACAUGACUGAGCCUGUAUUCUGUAACUUUGACUGUCAUCCACCCUCUCCUUGUCCACUCAGUGCUCCGCCCUCCUCCUUACCAUCACAUCCAGAUGAUGUUGCACUUUUCGCCAUUCUUUCUCCCCUCACUUCCAGCUCCUCCGUCCACAUCAUUAGUCCGUCCAUCAGUUGGAUGCUCCAGGGAUACACAGCUCCUGCAGGUAGAUGAAUAGCUUAUUUCAUCUAGAGACAAUUUUCAAUUGACCUGUGAGUCAUGGAAGGUGCAGUAUUAAAAGUCACGUCUUCAUAUAGCAGUGCACAGACAUUGCAGGAAAACGUGGGUGAGACCCAUCACAGCUGUUUUUAUGAGACACCUGACGUGGCUUUGGGGAGCUCCUCAGGAGGUAUUUUUGCAUUCGGAGAGACACUGAUAUGAGCUUAAUAAAGCACUGACUAUGUGCUGCUGACGUCUGUUUGUAUUAAAGAUUCUUGUUUGCAGUAAAACUGAGCCUGAGCUUGUCUUUAAUCUCUAUCACUUAGCAAACAAGUAAGUUGGUCUUUAGCCGCUUUGGACCUGAUCUGGACUCGGGCUAACUACUAAAUGACUACAUUACAGUCGAUGCAGAUGAAGAUGCGUCUACAUCAAUAUCACAAGAAAAUAUUUAUUUCCUAAUAAUUUCUUGAAAGUUCCCUGGAAAGAAUGUA